CCCCUCAAAUGUAAUGGCAUAUGCCAUUAGUAUUUUUUCAAAGUUUCUCCAGUAUUUUCUAUUGCCUAAAAUUCUGUAUUUUAUCGCAAGCUUUCUGCGUCUCACAAUAAAGAAUAAAAUUAAUAUACAAAACGUAAACAAGAGAGAAAUUAUUGAGAAUAAUUUAGUAUAUAGCAUGGAAAACGUUUGUCGCGUCUGCAUAAGCAGCGCUGGAACACUUGUGAAUAUAUUCGGGCAGCGCGAGCUGACGGAUGAGCGGGAACUCUGUCUGGCGGAAAUUCUGAACGAAUUCGUCGAUUGUAAUGUGCGGUCCGAUGAUUCUUUACCACAGCAGAUUUGUUUAUCCUGCGUUCUGGAUGCAAAAAAUGCAAUUCACUUCAAGCGAAGAUGCGAGCAGAGUCAUCAGCACUUUUGUGCGCUGCUGCGGGAGAAGGAUAACUUUGGCGGGAAUUGGCAGGAUUUGAAGACGUUGUGUAAAAUGGAAGUGGAAGAAAUAAAAGUCGAAGAAUUUGUUAUAGAAGAUUCGUAUCCUGAACCAGCAAAAGAUGACUUUGACAUCGGCAGCAAAUCCAGUGUUAAUCUAGAGACGCAACAUCGUUGUGAUAUUUGCGAUGAGAUAUUUCCAAACAAGACAAAUCUGAUGGUACACGCCCUAAUCCACACUAAUGAUGAUAAUCCCGACAAGUGCCCGCACUGUGGAAAGGUCUUUACCACUCGCGGCAGUCUUACCAGGCACAUUCGCGUCCAUUCCGGCGAGCGUCCAUACAAAUGCGUGUAUUGCGAGAAGAGUUUCACCCAGAGCUGUAAUCUGGACAAGCAUGUACGGAUUCAUUCGGGCGAAAGACCGUACAAGUGCUCCCAUUGCCAGAAGGCCUUCACCCAGAGCAGUCAUCUGAUGAAUCACAUGCGGAUUCAUUCCCACAAGUGCACCCACUGUUCGAUAAACUUUUCCGAUGAAUCUCUUCUUGAGGAACAUCUUCGUACUCAUUUUAACGAGAUGCCAUGCAAAUUAUCCCAGCAUCAAAAGACAAUUUUCAGCCAAACAGAUCAAAUCAAAGAGAGUAAAGUUCAUUCUCUGGAUCGCCUGUAUAAAUGUGCCAACUGUCCAAAGAGUUUUCCAAGCCGGGGGGAUCUCGAGAGACAUAGUCGUGUCCAUUCUGGCGAGCGUCCUUUUAAGUGCUCCUACUGCUCGAGGAGCUUUAGUCAAAGCGAUAAUCUGGAAAGGCAUAUGCGCCUUCAUUCUGGUGAAAGACCCUACAAAUGCCUCUACUGCCACAAGGAAUUCAUCCAAAGCACCCAUCUAGUGAAUCACCUUCGAAUCCAUUCAGGCGAACGACCUUUUCAAUGUAACCGUUGCCCAAAGACAUUUACCCGUCGUGAAAAUCUUAAAAAACAUAAUCACAGUCAUUCUCCUGUAAAUAAUUCUCAAAUAAUGGAUGGUACGAUGCGUGGAUUUUCGAAAAGUACUAUCGAUUGUGGCUAAGAUAGGAGCAGGGUAAUCGAUUAAUACGUUUAUUAAACCAAAUACAUUAUUCAUAAGUUCAAACAAUAUUUAACAGAAAAAUUUAAUAAUACAGAAUAAAGUAAUAGUUAAAACCAAAGAA